AUGGCUCGCCUUUUGUUGCUUUUAGUCGCAGGGAUGAUUUUUACAGCUCAUGCAUCCCUUAUCGCAGAGGUAAGUGAACUUUUUUAAAAAAAGAUAGCUCCAAGUGUUUUUCUUUGCUUUUUCAUGAGUUUCACUGUAUUCAUUUGAGUUAAAUCUCUUUCUACGGCCAGUACAUACAAAAACGGAAAAUUGUAUUUAGCUUUUUUUUAAUCACGCAUUAUAUAAUAUAAUUCCAUGACGUACGUACAAGUCCAUUAACUUUUUUUACUUUAGAAAAUAUAGUUACAAACUAGUCGGAACAACCGAUCAAAACUCAGAAAGUUAGGUUUUUACUUGGCAUAACUUGAAACGUGAAAUUCCCUAUCGCAAUAGGGUUUAGUAUUGAAGUUGUUUGGAGUGCUAAGAAAUUUGAGCGUAGUUUCCUGAUGUGGUUUGAGGUACUUCGAUCAAGUACCAAGGGCCAGUCCAUUCAGAGCUUUGUAAACCAGCAGAAGUACAAUUUGAACAGAAGGAGGUAGGAAAUCGGAAGCCAAUGAAUGUGCAUGACGUCUAACUUAUGGCACAGCCCUUUUACUUGAACUAAGAACCGUGACUAAAAUAUGUACGUCUUUAAUACGCUAAUUAAACAGUAAUGCAGAAUUAAUCUUUUCCUACUAAAAAGACUCAAAUAUAGAAGGAAAAAGAAACCUAAUUUUUCAGACUCAGGGUCUAAUGAUAUCUAGUUGGAAAACUUCGCCGAUAAGGGGCCCCUGAUUAAAACUGAACUUUAUCCUAGGCUUUGAUCAGGAUUGUAACGUGUGCUAUGGCGUGCAAAAAGUAGGGUUCCGCCAAGUAUUCCAUCUAAAACAGCGAAGCCGCACUAGGCAGCAGAGUACUUUUAGCAAAUGUACCGAAGGAUUAAUUUCUUUUUUUAAAUUCCUGCAUUUACAGAGUUCAUUGCCGGAAACAGAGCUAAUGGAUGUCGAAGAAAAAGACGAUCUGGAAGAAAUUCCCGCCGAGGGUUAGUCAAUUAAAGAAAUAAUCAUAAAAUGUUAUUGUUAUUGUCUUGCAUUGUAGUCACUUGUGAUGUAUAUCGGCUUACUGCUAGUCGAGUCUUUAUAAGGAAAUAGGGAGCUUUAGCAAGCAACCAAGACGACGAAAACAAAGACAGUAUCAAUAAAUAAUUGGUUUUAUGAGCAAAACAACAGUUCUGCCCAUGCAUAACGCGUUUUAGUACAUUUCCUCAUUCAACAGGUCAUUUCUAUCCUUAUCCUUUCGGUGAGUUGUUCUUUCAGCGGUCCACUGUCGUUAGGAUUUUCUAUUAAAAAUAGAUGGUUUCAGCCUCAGUAGCCAUUGUAUAAGAAGGUAGCAUAGAUCAUCAGGGUGACUGUAGUCCUAGUCUCCGAAAACAGCCGUUUCUCCUCGCUCUUCGCCCCUGGGGACGUUUCGCGCGGAGAAACGUCUGCGACUCAGCGACAGAAAUUCCAUACUGAUGCCGUAAAUCAAUGUUUACGUAAUAUAUCCGGUGGUCAUGAGGUUCCACAUUCAAAUUUGUUCAAUUUUCAGGGGCACCCAACGACAGUUUUCGGAAGAAUAUCUGUUCGGAAGACGAUUUGAGAUCUAGAAUUUUCGAAACAUUUGUUGUAAAAUUUCUUGCUUGCCUGCCUCUUCCAGGAUUUUCGAACAUCUAAAAAAUGGUAUAAUUGCCCAUUUCUAACGGAUUUUUACCCUAAAAAGGUCACCUAGAAUUUUCGGGAGCCCUUUUUCUGGCUGACAUUUUCGAAAAGGUAAGUUUUCGCAGGUUACUGUAGUUCUAAGUAGGGCAGUCGAACGUUGCUGACAGUGACUAACGUUCCUACAACCUGUCUGGUAGUCAUCUUCAGGGUAAAAGUGAGUUGUAUUGGUUGACUAUCUUGUUUGGUGCGUAUAUCUUGAUAGUGUGCAUCCUUGCUUCUAGACUUUUUAUUCCACUGUCCCGGUUGUUCUGAUGUUUUUCGGGUAAAGAAUACUCAUGUGAAUCGCUUCAUAAAUAACGCGCCUGUUGUGGAUGAGGAUAACGAUAAUUAACUUUCCAAAGCAAGUCAUGGGAAAUCUCGAUAAUAAUCUUUGACGCUGCCUUGUACAGGUCGUCCACUCUGGCCAACUUAACCGCAUUCACAGGGAAACCACUGAGACGUGUUCAGGCCGACAAAAUGCUAUCUUAGUGUAGUUUCUUGUACACCUUGUUGUUGUUGCCCGGAUAGAUCUGUAGCAUAAGAUAAAUGAAACGGCGGUGAAAGAUUGUCUGAAAAUAAUGUCUCCUAAAAAAACGUUAAAAACGAAGAACAACAACAAAUCAAACAGCAGCAAAGUUCAACAGAAGUGUAACUUAGUUUUCUUUUUGGGUUUUCAGAUAAAGAGCCUCUCAUCAAUAGUGAGGAUUUGGACGUAGAUUCCAAAGAAAUCACUGAUGGAGAAGCGAAUGAGGAUGAACUGGACGAACCCGCUGUAGCUCCAGCACCUGAUGGUAAUAUUUUUUGUUAUAAUUUGGCCCUUCUUUGUUCACUUGGCAAAAGACUUUAAUUAUAAAUUAAAUACUCGACGAAACGCCGAGGCGUUUCCGAUGCGUCGUAUUUUCGAACGUAGCGUUUAUUUCAAAAUCACAUUUCCUAAACCGUUGGAUGCUUAAGAUGCUUAAGGUUUAAUGUAUGGAUGGAUAAAUGGUGUAGAUUACUCAGUUGCACGAGGCAGUUUGUUUCUUAUAGUCCUCGAAUAAACGCCGCAUUCUUUCAAUUCAGGGUGCGCACGCGGUUCAUUCGGAGGCGGAUGUUUAUUCGAGGAAGGUUUUUUAUUCUCGUGCACAAUGUAAAGCUAUUUUUUUUUCUCAUAACGAAAGAGUAUGUAAAGUUAUGAAGUAAAAGUUAUGAAGUAAAUCUGCAAGAUCAUUGUUCCACGUCUUCUCCCACGUGCUUGCCGCGUGAGAGAAAACGCUCUCAGAGAGCAAGAGUACAGCUGCCGCUCUGUACUGGUAACUCUUGCUUACGGGUUAAAACAACCGCUCUAUGAAAGCCUUCUUGCCAUUAUAGGCUUAGUAAAGUCAAUGUUUGGUUCCUGUUGAAAUCUCACUGUCGAGAGAUAUACCGCCAAACAUGUAAUCGAUCGGUGGCAUGCCUUCAUUUUUUCAAAUUAACUUCCCCUUAAUCCUAAAAUGCUUAAAAUAUAAAUGGAUGCAACAAUCAAGUUGAUAUUCAUUAGAAUUGUAACUUAAUUGAUUAGUUAAUUGAUUAAUAUUUUUAUUGAUAUUAUGGGUGACAAAUUACUCCUCCGAAAUUUCAGGGCUGAUUUAUUAUUUCACAUUUAAAAAAAGACAAAAUUGCCAUGGCAACGUCACUUACUUUACAGUACCAAGAUGGCGGCAAAGUUUUUAAAGACGAUGUCAGGGCAAUAAAAGACGCUUUAGAAAAACUAAACACAACGAAAGAAAACACCAAGAAGGAUUCUAUUAGGUAUUCUGUCGAAAAAUUCUUAAAAUCAUGACUGACUUAAGCCAGUGCGCGGAGUUCUACUAUCGAUAAUCAAUUUGAGAAACAUAUCAAAAACCUGCGAUUGUGAGCGUAAUUUGUCAUCUAUAAUAUCAAUAGGUAAUCACACAUAUGAUAUUAAUAGGUAAUUACACCUCCUACUUUUUAGAUGAAAAAUUUUCUGUCAAUGGCGAGGAGUUAAGAGAAGAAGAUUUUGAUGAAGAUCCCACAGAAGUUAUUGAUGGAGAACCACAACCAGAUGAAAUGGAAUCGCCCGCUAAAGUUCACCUUGGUUACGGAAGUAAAACUUAUAAUCAUGUUUUCUUCCGUUUCAUUAUUUAGUGAACAAAUAAGGCUCAAAUACUCGGAAUGUAACGUCUCUUUAAAUCAACCUCUUCGGUCUUAAAAAAUAUGCAACAUAAAAAAGAACAGCCUAAUUUAGUUUUGAAAAACACUCGAAAGCAAAUAUAGAAUGGUACCUAAAAAACGUGGGUCUCUGAAAAAUUUGGCCCAAUCUCGAAAUCGUGAUAGGUCUCGGGUAAUGUUGUGUCUCCGAGUCGGGACAUUUCUGUCGACUGGUCUCGGGAGUCGUGGAUUUGUCGUUUUUUCUUUCCGUUUGGUCUUCAUCAUUCCAAUUUUUCAGAGUUCAUGGGUACAGCUUAUCGAACUGAUCUAGUAGAUUAAAGGAGCUGUGUCACGAAAUUCAGGCAAAUUAGGAAAUUACAAAGUGCCCGUUAAAUUAAGAGAAACAUAAAAAUAACCGCUUAAAACUUUAAAGGAAGGUUAAAAUAACAUAACAGAAACAAGAGAUGCCACGGAUGGGCAAAACUGAAGAAGAUUGAAACGGAUUGAAAUUAGGGUUUUGGAAACUGUUCAGCUUAACAGUUUUUCAAAGUUGAUCCCUGCUGCUUGCAACUUCAAAAAUAAUGCUCUGGAGAGGUAUUUGUUUGUCUGGGAUCUCUGAUUUUGUCAUGUACAUGUAAUUUCUUUACUUACUUUAGCGAUUGAGGGCGAGUGAUUGGCAAAAUUAAACAAAAUGAACUGGACUGCUGUGAUACAGCUCCUGUAAGACAGUGAAACAAGACAAACCAGUAUUCAUGUUUUGGUGCGCUUAGCUUCCCCCGCUAACUUCCAUUGCCUUUUUCGGUCAUUUUGUUAAGCUUUCUAUAUCGAAAUUAUCGGCCGUUAGAUUCUCGGGCUAGUUGUCGUAAGCGACCAUGAUCACUUUAAUUUUGAGCCGGAUAAUUAAACUAGUUUCCUUGUUUUAAAUGUCCAGUAAGCGACCUUUAUUUAAUUAAUGAAAACAAAUUGCAAUAUAAAAAAAUUGCAAUUAAACUUCAUAUCACGGAUAGGGAAAGAUAUUGCAAUGUAUUAAUUUUAAGUUAGUGAGCUUGCAGAAUUUCGCUGAUAAUAGUCGUUAAAUAUGCUUGGUGUAGAUAAGUAAAAUCCAUAUACUAAGGAUACUAAGGUCCUAUGCGACAACAGGUAUUCUAGUACACACUACUGAACUAUGUCAAACGUUUUAUGAAGAACUCAUGGAUAUAGAAUGCACUGUAUUUUAGACUCAAUUAUAACCAUAUAUUAUAUAUUAUUUCUAGGAUGGAAAAAAAUUCCCUACCACUGGUGUACAAUACAAGGGAGAAAGUUUUUGAGUGGAAAAAAAGGCGUGAAACAAUACUUUUGGCAGUGUGCCCGCCAAUGUAACAAAAUACGAGGAUGCAAUGCGGUUGAAAUGUGGUUUGCUUACAACUGGAACUGUUACUGGUGUACGAGACCAGAUUUGAUCCGACCUUAUACCAACAAACAUGAUCUCGCCUACCCAGCACAUGUGUGGGUGCGACGUAAGUCACGACUUUCAUUUGGUAUUCUCAAACUCAUGAAGUAUUCAUGCAGUCAAAAACCAAUAAAUGACGACCAUUCGGGUCAGGUGAAUGAAUCUUGACAACUAAUGAAACACCAGAGUUUUCAUCUGAGGUGAAACAUGUUUUUCAUCUAGCUGAGAUCAAACACUUGCAUUUUAAUGAGAUGCUUUAUUGAUUAACACAACUCAUGGAAACAAUGCAAACACUCUUUUUUUUCUAUAAGAAUAUAUUUUAUAUUAUAAGAAUAUCGAGUCUGAAAUGUGUAAAAUUUUAAGAAUAUUUAAGAAUAAACCCGAGGCUGGGAUUUCGAAAAGGAUGAUUAUUUUGAGUGCUAAUGACAGUUCGAUGGACGGUACAUGAAAUACAUAUCUAUAGUAUACAGGAAAAAAAAAUGAACAAGCCGCUAAAGGGAUAUGAUAAAUUCUUUAUAAUUCAAGAAUAAUACAAGAAUAUUUUCAAGGUAAAAUCGGCAGAAAAAUAGGAAUAUUCAGCCUGGCCCGAAAAAACAACAUUCUUAUAUAUUAAAAAAAAAAGAUUGUACCAGAGAAAACGUGUCACCCCAUAAUUUCUUAUUACAGACGAGAGCACGAGGCCAUAGGCCGAUCGAGUGCUUUCAUCUGUUCUGUUUCUAAUUGUUUGGAACCCGUGAUAAAGCACCUCCCCUCGUUCCUGACAUAUCACUUCUUCACUGUUUUACCUUUUUUGUGCUUUCCAAAGCAAAUUAAUAAUAAUAAUAAUAUUUAUUUAUUUAUUCAAUUUUAUGACACUCUUAUCAAAUAAUUUUUACUCAGGUUUUUAUUAUUAUUUAUUUAUUUUAUUUUAUUUUUUUUUGCGCAAAUUAUUGUGUAAUUGUUAUCAUAAAUUUUAGUCGAUACUGCGGCUGGUUACGGUUUGCCGCCCAGCCAAAGCUUUUAUUUUUUACUCUGGGCAUCCAGACGUUUGUACUGCCAUAAUAAUAAUAAUAAUAAUAAUAAUAAUAAUAAUAAUAAUAAUAAUAAUAAUAAUAAUAAUAAUAAUAAUAAUAAUAAUGGAAACUUUAUUUCUGAACAUGUAUUUGAAUAAUUAUAAAAAUAAUAAUACUAAUACUAAUUAUAAUUAUAAACAAUUUGUCGAGCUGCAGAAAUGCAUCAAAUUUUAAGGUGUAUAUAGUACUUAGCAACAGCUGGUUUAUGUUGAAACCUUAUUUAUGUUUCCUCUUCAAUGAGGCAAUGUGUAACCGCGGCAGGGUUUACUAGAUCAGUCGGUGUCGCAGUGGGAGGCAGUACAUAAUUUAUGUAGGUUCGGACUAGCACUCAGGGUUUUAAAAACUAUUGGAGCCUACUCACUCAGUACCCGUAAAGGAGAACAAAUAUUCAGAUUUUGAAAACGAUACAGGUCAAGUGACUGACGAGCGACACCCGGAAUCUACUUUUAUUUCCCCUUUUAACCACUUAUCGCAAGGAUCCAACUGGCAUUUACUAUGAGAUAUAAGAUCGGUCUUCCGAAUGACAAACAACAAAUAACAACAAACUUUAUUACAACAUGAAUUACAGGGGGAGAGGUAUCUACCGGCAAGUAGUGAUAGCUAAUCGCGGCAGGUAGUUACUAGGACAAGAUAUUAGACGGUGCAAAUACAAGAGAUAAAAUGAAGUUACACUUACAAAUACAGCGCGAGAUACAGGAAGUUACAGCUGAUACAGAACUAAAGUUACAAGGUCAUUGCAAAAUGAUCAAUAUUAAAUGUUUUUCGUUAUAUCAGUAAUUGAUGUCGAAACAUCUAACACAAACAUCGACCUGAUAACUAAUCACGAAGGGAUUGCUAAGUGCAUGAUUAUAUAUUAUUUUCUUCACUGUGAACUUUUUUCCUUUUGCCGUUUCAAAGAAACUCUUCCAGGGAAGAACCCGUGUGACUGGCCCGUUGGGGUAUGUACCUAUCAUAAGGACCCCUGUCCUCCGGAUAUCCCGUAUCGCUGCUCUCGGCUUGACUAUGGAUGCAAGGUUCCGACAAAUCACUGCUGCUGUCGCAAGUAAGCUGAUGAUACGCAAUAUAACAUUUUGAUAAGAAACAGGAGCAUUUAUAUAGAGGAUAUUACAGGUGCACGGAGAUACGAAAUCUGAAUGUAUUUCAACCCGACGGGGAGAAGAGAAUUUUUUUAAGCCGUCAUGUAAUGUUCUGUUUAUUAUAUAAACCAAACCAUUUCACUUUCAUAGUUUUUGCUGCGAAAAGAGCGAUUUAUUUUAUAGCCAUAGCAACGGUGAUCUUUUCACAUGUGAAGUUAACGUGUUAUCUUUUUAUCUUGGUCGUGACUAAACUUUAGAGACCCCUCCAAGCUGUUGCCACGGUAACGACAAAGAGCAGCACAUUAAGAGCAUCACCUAUAUAUUAAGUAUUAUCAAUCUUAUCCAAGUGGGAGAUUCCUUUCGAGCCAUCAAACUUUGCUCUUCCUAUCAAAUAAAUGUUAACAUGGCGCAGAUUUUCCUUAAUUUUACGACCGUACCGGGUAAAGUGCAAGGUCAAAUUGGUAGAUAUGCUUGUUUGAUAUUAAUGAAUGAACGUUUUUAUUAUUAUUAUUAUUUUUUAUAGGCCAUGGAUUGGUCGCUGACUGGCAUCACCAAACGUCUGACGCUUUAAUUUGGUGAAGUAGCUGAAACCGACAUAUGUUAUAAUACCAAAAGUAAAAAAUACAAGCUAAGGCUUCAAGCUGACUGCAUCACCGAGAGAAAAUGAAGCAAAAGAAUGCGAAAGGUCCUUACGUCGCUUAUUCAACGUAAACACAAGCUUAAAGACAAUUUUAGAAACGUUUCAUAACAGUCAUACAGGCGAAGAAUAAUUUUGAUAUAUUUUUGGUCAAAGCUAAAUCUUUUGCGACUUCUUCUUCUAGAACAUGAUCUCAAAUGACUUGGAACAGUCAAAUCUGACAAAAGCAUCUAUAGCCGAGUCCAUUUUCUCUCGGUUGGCAUCAUUGAAAAGAUAAACUUUUAAGACGGAAUCCAGCAAAAUUGAGUAGUUUCAAUUUUCAGUGGACAAAAACCUUGUACCAGUAAACAAUAUCGCAUUCUUUUUACAUUUUUCACCAAAGAAAAUUUAACACCAAAGAAAAUUUCUCAUGAGAGCCCGAGAAAAUAAAUGUCAAAUUUCACGAAAUGACACCUUACACAUGAAAUUUUCAGUAUUUUAGCUGUGUUUUCACACUCUUUGUGAAAUUUGACAUCUAUUUUCUCGGGCUCCAAUGAGAAAUAAUCUUUGGUGUUGUUACAGAUAACUAAUUUUAUUAUAUGGCUGAGUCUGUUUUCGCCAUGCGAUUGGUCAAUUUGCGGUCCGUAACUUGCUAUAAGGACCAAAACUUUUAAAGAAAAUGUUCAUUUCGGAGGUCUAAAUCUCUUUACCUCGGAAAAAAUGUUUAAAUAAAGUUAUAAGACGCCUGUCGACCUUGAGGACUUGGAUGUUGACUUUGGCCUUCAACAUUUUAAACUGUGUUUAUUUAUGAACGAAGGCCAUGAAGAAACUAUUUCGUAAUCUUAUCGAAGAGGAUUCUAGUCGGUGUUUGAAAAUUUUAUCGUAGUACACAGUUAAGAAGACGAAAAUCGACUGGGAGAGAUUCGAGAUGUUUUGCCUAAGAGAAAAUGAGUAUUUCCUUCAACAAAUAUGAUAACAAACAUACCUGCACCAUCAUCUUGACAAGCUUCUUUGCCAUUUGCAGUGUUUUUCAAAGACCAACGAAAGAAAGAUAGAAGCGAGUUCGAGCCAGACACAAUAAUGACCAGUUUUCAAAAGACUCCAGCGUCACACUAACGAGUGAAUACUUACACUGCUCUUAGUUUCCACUGAAUAUAUUUUGAAAUCGGUAUGUAAACCCUGAGGACUGGAAUGUUGACUUUGCCUUUCCAAAUUUUAACCUACCUUUGUUUAAUGAGAACGAAGCUUUUGUAGAAACUGAAUCGUAACCUUACCGAGGAAGAGAAUUCUAGUCAGUGUUUGAAAAUUUUAACGCAGAUCACAAUUGAAGACGAGAAUGAACUGGCAGAAAGAGAGGUUUUCCAAAAACAAUUAACGAGCGAAUCCUUCGACAAUGACAGCAAACUUACCUUGAAAAGCUUCUUUGCUUUUUGCAGUGUUUUUUUACAAGGACAAACGGAGGAAAGAUGGAAAUGACUUCUAGACAGACACAGUUUCGGUUUCCAAAAUACUCCAGCGUUACAUUAAAGAGCUAAAACUUACAGUGCUCUUAGUUUUGACCGAAUAAACUUUUUUAACAUGGCGAAUUUGUUUUUUCUCGCUUUUGUUAUGUGUUAUUGUUUUCGUGCGCCAAUGAAAACUUUCUUUUCUGACACCUGUCAAAUGACUCUCAAAUCGUGCGUCCUGCACUUGUUUCCGGUCUCCCAAAACAGGCUUCGCGCUUGGGCCAUAAAUCGACGGAAAAAAACUCGGUCCGUAAUUUACAGUACGGACCGAAAACUCGGCUAAUAAGAGGUAUAUAUCUAUAGCCCUUGAAAAAUGUAAAAAAAAAAAAAAAGGCGAUAUUGUUUAUUCUGGUACAAGGUGUUUGACCACUGAAAAUUAAAAUUACUUUCAAUUUCCUGAUGGAUUCCGUCUUAAACGUUG